GGAACAGAGAGAGAGACCCACGGUGCCGGGUGGUGCCCUCCCCCCCCCCCCCCCCCCCAUCUCUCUCUCUCUCUCUCUCUCUCUCUUUUCCUCUUCUUCUUUCGUUCGAAAGUGACGAUAUAUAUAUCGUCUGAUAAUAUACUAAGACGUAUUUAUUUUCUCUUAAAUACAGUCACACUUCUAUCUGCUUUAUUCUACUAUUUACUUUGAUUAUAUUCUAACUAUUAGUGGUUAAAAAAUUGUUGCAUCGUCAUCAUCACAAAUUAAAGUUGUGAGUUUUUUUUUAAUCAAUAUAAAAACUUUUUUGUUCUUAUUUAGUUGAAAUUAAUACCUGUAAUAAAAUGUGAAACUUGUGCUUAUUGCCGUCAUUUAAAGAAAGAUGGUCCUCUUCGACGUAUUUAUCUUGGACAAGGUGCAUAUGAAAUGUUUGACAGUGUUUGUAUGCCAUGGUACUACCAUCCAUCAUGUGCUGUUGCUCAUUCCAAAGAGUGUAAUGAUCCUUUUAAUAGUUUAGAUAUUCAAGCAUUAAGUGGUUUUAAAAAAAAAAGUGAAGAACGAUUUAAUUAG